CACACCAUUUGUCUCAUAAAGCAUUUACCACUUCAUUACCCCUACACUACAUAUAGUUCCUCAAAAGUAUUUAGUAUAAAAUUAAUGUUUUAACAAAAUUAUUUUAUAGCUUAAAAAUAUUCAUCAUUAACAACAAUAACGAUAAAAAAAUGUUUGAGAAAGUGAUCGCAGAUUUCCGUAAAAACGGUUUUGCAGUAAUUCCCGACUUUCUCGACGACAAACAGGUGUCUGAUUUGAAACAACGGGUUCACGAAUUGGUCGACGGCAUCGACGUGACGACUGAACGGUUGGCCACUGACGACACAUUGAAUCCGAAUAUAGACGUCGAGUCGGCCGACAAAAUCAGAUUCUUCUUCGAAAAGGAAGCAUUUGAUGAAAAGGGAAAUCUUGUUGUCGACAAACAUCGGGCGCUCUUUCGUAUUGGGUUUGCGUUGCACUGUUUGGACCCGACCUUCAAAAGAGUGACCUUUGGCGACAAAGUUAAACAAUUGGUCCGGGAGUUGGACUUUGCCGAACCCCGGGUGGCACAGAGUAUGUAUAUAUUCAAGAAUCCGGAAAUCGGUGGCCUAUUCAUACCACAUCAGGACGCAACGUAUUUGCAUGCAGUGGGCGAUGAGCUCCGGGAGGUCGGCAUAUGGUUUGCUUUGGAAGACGCAACGGAGGAAAACGGUUGUCUGUCAUUCAUUCCCGGCUCGCAUAAGACUGGUCUUCACCGUCAGUACGUAAAGAGUGAUAAGUCAAACGAUAAACCGUUUGUCUUUACUAACGACAGUCCCGACUAUAAUGAGUCGGACUUUAUUCCGGCGAUCGCUAAGAAAGGAUCUGCCGUUUUGAUUGACGGUCUUGUUGUUCAUCGAUCGGCACAGAAUCGGUCGCAAAAGGGACGACCCAUCUAUACGUUUCAUUUGUAUGACGACAGCACAUGUAAAUGGGAUGAAAAAAAUUGGUUACAACCGACACCAAUCAAUCCCUUUCCUCUACUUUAUACUAAUUAAUUAAAAAAUUGUUUAUUUUAUUUGGUUUAUUAAGCAAUUUUGAUUGUAAUG